AUGAGAGUUUUUUUGAUGGUGGCAAGUGUUUUGGUGGGAUUUGCAGCUGCUGGAUUGUUGGUGAGUCGGAAAGGUGGAGUGUCGUUUAAUACGGCUUCUAGCUAGCAGUGUAAAGGUGGAGUGUCGUUGUGAGCUCUAUCUUCAAACGAUUUUUAGCCUAGCUGUAAAUGCGGAGCAUCGUUUGCAUAGAAUAUUUUGCAGGAUGAUUUCUUUGCGAGAAAAUUGUUUUCCGAUUCCGUUUCCGAUCGCAGAAGAUUGCAUUCAAGGUGAGAUUGCUUGAGGGACAAGGGGUGGCUGCUUGAGAGAAAAAAUAAGUGACAAGGGGUGGCUGCUUGAGAGAAAACAUAGGUGACAAGGGGUGGCUGCUUGACGUGGAGGAAGAGGUGACAAGGGGUGGCUGCUUGAGAGGAAAAAUAGGUGACAAGGGGUGGCUGCUUGAGAGAAAACAUAGGUGUCAAGGGGGUGGAUGCUUGACAGCAAUAGUAGGUGUCAAGGGGUGGAUGCUUGGGAGAAGAUGUGGAGUGUCAAGGGGUGGCUGCUUGACAACCAGAGUAGGUGCCAAGAGAUGGUUGCUUGAGAGAGAAAUAGGUGACAAGGAGUGGCUGCUUGACAUCACAAUAGCUUCUCAAGGCGCCUCUCCUUAACCUCCAAACCUUGCGUCAAGCAGCAAACCCUUACCAAAUCAAUUUUUUCAGCCCAAGCUUUCCAAGAAGAAGAAGACUUCAAGGUGGAACUGUUGGGUAAUUUUUUCUGGCCUAAAAAAAUCUGAAAAUCUGGAAUUUUCAGCCGCCAAAGAUUUGUUGCAAGACGUCCAGCUCAAGAUUUUCAGAAAAAUUCUGAAAUUUUCAGCCAAGCUCAUCCUAGACGCUUUCGGAAUCGUGGAUUUUCAGAUUUUCAGAGAAAUUUUGAAAAUUUCGGGCCAACUAAUUUUGGCAGACUGUGA